UAGCUAGACAAAAAAUAACAAUAAAAUAAAGCAAGAAUAUACACAACACUGUUCAAUAGCAGCGUUGGGCUCUCGUUACGUGAUGUUUUCACCCAACCCGUGUCGUCGUCGUCGUCGUCAUCAUCAUCAUCAUCUUCUUCUUCUUCUUCGGGAUUCAUGGCAGAUCGCAAUCAACUUUUAGGUGCAUACCGCCACCUACUGUACAAGAGUGUGUAACAUCAUUUAAUUUGUCCAGCUCUUAGAUUUUACUUGCUAGCCCUGUAUUACUUAAGAAAGUAAAAAGUGCCUCCCAGACGACUCUCAUUCCCUCUCCCUCUGUUCCCAGAAUUCCUGACAGAUUCCACUCUCUGCCCACCCCUUUAAAUUCAUAACACAACUUCUCUCUUUCCUCUUCAUACCAACCCGUGUGUGCUGCAACGUCCAGACUUUUAUUUAGAAAAAUUGGUUUAAAGUCGUGGCACAGGAAGUUGUGUUUUCUUAAAUGUUUUUUUCCUGGUUCUAGCUACUAGCUAGGUACCCGGACAUUACAAGUGGUAACAUCCUAUGUUAGUAACAUGGAUCGGCCAGAAGUAACGUUUUCGUUAGCCUACGUAGUAUUUGCGCUUUGCUUUGUAUUUACACCAAACGAAUUCAGAUCAGCUGGUUUCACUGUGCAAAAUCUGUUUUCAUGUUGGCUAGGAAGUGAAGAUGUCGGUUUCAUUCAAUAUCAUGUAAGGAGAACGAGCGUCACUUUAAUAGUUCACUCAACUUUGCCUCUUGGGUACUACAUUGGAAUGUGCAUAGCUGCUCCAGAAAAUAAUUUGGCCUAUGUACACUUGAUAAGUGAUGGCUGGAGGGCUUUCUUCACAUUUUCACUGGCUCUGCAGGUCCUUAGCUGGGUGCUUGUCAUUUACUGGUCUCGACACAAAUGGGAAAAUCAUCCUAUUUCAAAGAACCUCAAAGCCCAUGCAUUGCCUCAGUCCGGCUGGGGUGUUGUUGCCUCCUCUGUUAACACAGAGUUCCGUCGCAUUGACAAGUUUGCAACUGGUGCUCCUGGUGCAAGGGUCAUCAUCACUGACACCUGGAUCAUGAAGGUCACCACAUAUUAUGUACACAUUGCACUGCAGCAAGACACUCACUUGACGGUCAUAGAAUCAAGGCAACACCAGCUCUCCCCAGACUCAGUCAGUCCUGUGCAGAUCCUGACACUUCGUGUUGCUAGCAUCAACGCCAGUGUCAAGCCCUUUGACAUAAGGCUUAACUCAACAGAAUAUGCAGAGCUCCGAGAGAAGCUGCAUGCACCAAUCAGGAAUGCUGCUAAUGUGGUUAUUCACCAGACCAUGAGUGACCUCUUCCUGGAAACCUUCAAAUCCCAGGUGGAAAUGAACCAAAUCUACCAGCUGACCAGUGGACAGGAGCUGGAGUCCUGCAUUGGUUGCAUGCAGGUGCCAGCCAACAUCAAACUGCUGCGGCUGUGCCACGAAGAGGGUGAAGGGGAGUGCCAGCAGUGCUACUGUAGACCUAUGUGGUGUCUCACUUGUAUGGGAAAAUGGUUUGCCAGCCGCCAGGACCAGCAGAGACCUGAGACCUGGUUGGGCAGCAGAGUGCCUUGCCCCACUUGCAGGGCCAGGUUCUGUAUCCUGGAUGUCUGCAUUGUCACCUGAUCACUCAAUACUACCUUUGUCCCUGUCCAUUUGAAGACAGCGCAUAGAGAUCUGCUGGUUUGCUAGAUGCAUUAGAUUGCCCUUGGGAUGACUUUUCAAAAUGUGCCUUGUAAAUUACCCUGCUAUUUUCAUUGAUGGAAAACCUUGAUGUAUUUGUAGUUUUGUUCCAAAUGCUUUGUUGUUAGUUUUGAUUCUAUAUAAAUGUUUCCCCUCCAUAGGCUACAAAAUGACCUCUGGCACCUUUCAACCAUUGUAGCUGAAUAGAUCAAGUUUAGGUUAAGCUGUGCCCCAAAAUAAGUAUGUCUGGACAUUACAGCAAAACACAAUUUCUCCAUUUAACUAUCUCUGUUUCAAGAGUGCUGUUGUGCAAAUACAGAACUUCAAGUAGGUUGAUAAAAAUUCAUAAAAUAAUGUAGUCAUCAGGAUUUGAGGUAAUGAGGAUUUUUGAUCUGGUAUGUACAUAUCCAAUCAACAUUUAUCUUAUUUAAUAAUGUAUCCGUUAUGUUUAAAAUGUCCACUCUUUAAGUUUGUUUCUGAAAAUCCAUUAGGUGAUAUACCACAAUAAGGUGAAAGAAAACAAAGUUACCUAACCUAGGGAAAGGGUUAAUUAUUUUGGGAGUCAUGUUUUGUAAAGUGGAAAGAAACUGAAUAAAAGUAUUGGGAAGCUAUGCAAUAAAUUGGUCAAAUAUU